GAGACCGGAAAACGGGCGUGGAAAAAAGCGCCGCGUUUAUGGAGUAAACACAGCGAGCGGGUCAUCAUGAGCUCCAUGAGGACCAUCAUGGCCUGCGUGGCGGCUCUCGCGGCUGUAGGGACCGGGAUCGGGAUGUGGAAUACUGUGGCCCCUGGAGAGGAGAGAAAAAAAGAAAUACUGAAGAACCUGCCCGAGUCCAAUCCAGCACGGAUGGAGGAGAGCAGGAAGAGGAACGCUCUGAUGAUGCAGGUCCUGAAAGAGGCCGCAGAGACCAACGACAACAUCGCUCGAGGAUACGGGAGCCGGAAAUGAAGAGGAUGAGUUUCCAGUGAAUACAGGAGCUCCGCCGUAAUGCUGAGUGAACUGGAGGAACACGUAAAAAUAUGGGGCCUGGCUGGUCAUCUCCACAUCUCCUGACCUUCAGCCUUCACAUAUCUCCGCCCAUGUCGGCCGCAGUGUGGAAAGAGACUGUAAUUAAAGACUCGUUAUUAAAAUCUCAGUAAAGCAGAUGAUGAGCGUCUAAAAUGGCUGUAAUUAAGUUUGUGAAGCCCAGUCUUUCAUUUGUGUCCUGCCAGUGUCCUGUCAGUGUGAGUGCGUAUGACUGUUGUGAUUGAUCCAGAACUCUGUUGCUGAUCAGGGUCACUGAAUUAAAGCUUGAAUAUCACACAAUAAACCUCAGUGUUUUAUCAUAAA